GUUAUUAUGCAAACAUUACCAGGCUUGGUUAUUAUGCAAACGUUACCACACUUCGUUAUUAUGCAAACGUUACCAGACUUGGUUAUUAUGCAAACGUUACCAGACUUGGUUAUUAUGCAAACGUUACCAGGCUUGGUUAUAAUGCAAACGUUACCAGGCUUGGUUAUUAUGCAAACGUUACCAGACUUGGUUAUUAUGCAAACGUUACAAGGCUUGGUUAUUAUGCAAGCAUUACAAGGCUUGGUUAUUAUACAAACGUUACCAGGCUUGGUUAUUAUACAAACGUUACCAGGCUUGGUUAUUAUGCAAACGUUACAAGGCUGGGUUAUUAUGCAAACGUUACAAGGCUUGGUUAUUAUGCAAACCUUACAAGGCUUGGUUAUUAUACAAACGUUACCAGGCUUGGUUAUUAUGCAAACGUUACAAGGCUUGGUUAUUAUGCAAACGUUACAAGGUUUGGUUAUUAUGCAAACGUUACAAGGCUUGGUUAUUAUGCAAACGUUACAAGGUUUGGUUAUUAUGCAAACGUUACAAGGUUUGGUUAUUAUGCAAACGUUACAAGGCUUGGUUAUUUCAUUAUAG